UGCAAUUUAGUGUUUUAAUUAAAGGAGAAGCAAAAAAUAAUGAUUAAAUCUUAAGAGCUAGGAUUUUAUUGCCAGAAGCAUAAAUAGAAUGAUAUAGUAUACAUAAAAAUAAACAACAUUCAAGAUGAUGAAGACAUUUUUUAUUGUCGCUAGUGCCCACUUUCCAAUACAAAUAUUAGCAUGUUGGAUUGUGCAGAUAUAAAACAAAUUAUUGAUUGGAGUCAAGAAUGCUAUAUUAUCAAUUUCUUCCCUUUUAAUAAUGAUGCCAACUUUUUAAAAUAAGUUAAAAAAACUCUGAGUUAAAAUGCAAAUAGAUCUUUAGGAAAAAAAAUUGAUCAAUUUUAUGAUUAGCUACAAAGAAUUUUAGUCGGAAUAGUUACAGAUGCAAAGAAAAAAGCACACAAUUUAGCUGAAAAAUUAAGAAGUUUAGAGAAUAAAUCAGCAAAUAUCUAUAGUGAAAUUGUUUAAAUAAAAGAGAUAAAAAAUGUAGUGUUAAAUCAAAAUAUUAAUUAAAAUCAAAAAGAAAAGAAAAUGAGGGACUUAUUAAAGUAAAUAAAUUAAAAUAAGCAAAAAAAUACUGAGAAAUUCUCUUGUAUUAUUGAAGAGUAAUAAUAGCUACAAACAGAAUUAUAACAAACCUAAUUAUCUGUAUAUACUAAUUAACUAUAAAAUCUUAUUAACAACUAAAAUAGCUUUCAAAAGGAAUAUCAAGAAUUAUUUCCUCCUAGUUAUAUUGAUUUGAUUCCUAAUUUAGAAUUUGAAAGAAUUCCAUAAUAAAUACAUAAUUUACCUUUUUUGGAUUAAAACCAAGUUAUGAAUAGAUCAAAUAACUAAAUUGAAUUUAUCAUCUUGAAUCAAUCUUAGCUAUAGUAGUUCUAAAUGAAAAGGAUUCUUAACAAAAAAAGUUAAUAUUUCCUCAAAUUUAAAUUAAGAAACAAUCCUUAUUUUUUAAUAAGCAACGUACAUAGUAAUAUUUAAACAAAUUAUACUUAACAUAUCAACCCUUAAGAUUUCUACAUUAAUAAUUUUUUGAUUGAAUUAUUUAGCAAUAAUAAUGAAAAUGACUUAUUCAGUUUAAAUUGUAAUUUAACAGGUUGCUUUUAAAAUUCUUAAAACCAAAUCAAUCUAAACCCACAACCUAUUAAUUAGUAAAAUUUGAAUUUUAACCCAAUCAUUUAAAAUAAUAACUUAUAAAUUAAAAACCUUAACUAAGUUCCAGAUCAUCUAAAUGGUCAAUAUUUUUAAAAUUAUGAUUAUAACUUAUAAUAUUAAAAUUUUUAAGAGCAAAAUACUGCAUAAUUACCAGAUCAAGGCUAAAAUAAUUUCUAGAAUAAUAUGCAAAAUUAAAAUGUUAAUAAUUUUAAUCAACAAUAGCAAAAUAUUACUUAUUAACCUAAUCUAAACUAAUAAAAUAAUAUAAGUAAUAUCCAAAAUUAAAAUUUUAAUAACUUAAGCAACUAUCAGCAAAUUUUUUCACAAAUUCCUAACCAACACUUAAAUGAUUAUUCUAAUAAUUUAUAAAAUUAAUAUAUAAAUAAUAAUUAGCAAUACAAAAAUUCUACAUAUUUACCUAGUUUAAACGAAAAUAAUUAAGUAAAUAAUAUCCAAAACAAUAACCACUAACAACAAAGUGUUGCACCAUUAAAUUAGCUUAACUAAAAUAAUUAUUAAAAUCAGUUUUAAAAUUUCAAUUUUAAUAAUUUAAAUUAACAACAAACCAAUGUUCUAUAAUAACAUAAUAAUUAAUAAAAUAAUAAUAAGAAUGAUACACAAAAUUUAAAUUUCAAUAAUUGUAACUUUUAAAACUAAAAUGAUGCAUCAUAUCUUAACCAAUACUAAAAUAAUUAUUUAUAAUAAAAUAUUGAAUCAUAAAUUUAACAAGAAUAACAGACUUUAGAUGAUAAUAUAAUAAAAUUAAAUUCUCUUAAUUUCGAAAAAGAAAUUAAUUAGCAAUAGCCAUAUCAAGGCUUAUAUAAUUAUGAAAAUAAUGUGCAAAAUUAAUAAGUAUCAAUUAACGUCCCAUAAAAAAAUAAUAAAAAUAAUGAUUAAUAAUUAACAUUUAAUUUAAUGAAAAUAAAUGAAAAUUCUAAUGCAGUAGAUAAUAAUAAAGUCAUUAACGAUAAUAAUUUAUUUAAAUAUAAUUAAGAAAAUAUUGCUUAAAAUUAAUAAAAUUUCAUUUAGUAAAAGAAAUUAAAUCUUCCUCAAAAAUACUAACCAGCUUGCAACAAUAAUAAUUAAUCAUAAAAAGAGAUAGAAAUAAUAGUUUAAAUAUAGAUUUCUGAAGGAAUAUUUCAAGCAAGCUAUUUUACAGAUUAAAAACAACUCAUUUAAUUGCCAUAAAAGCUUUUAAAAAAUUUAGCUUAAAGCUAAAAUCUCUAAUUAAAAAUAACUUUGAAUGGCCAAUAGUAAUUAAUACUUUCAUAAGCAAUUGAAUAAGUAGACUCAUAAAAUAUUUGA